CUUGGCGUCACCUGAUUUAUGGAGCAAAAAAACCAAAAAACAAAUAGCACUUUGUUGAUCGGCAGGACAUUUCAUCUGUACAGUGGACACAAUGAGGUUGGUGAUUCUGGACGAUUAUGACCUGGCCAGUGAGUGGGCAGCCAAAUAUAUUCGGAACAGAAUAAUCCAGUUUAAACCCAGCGCCAGCAAUUUCUUCACCCUCGGUCUUCCUACAGGGAGCACUCCAUAUGGCUGUUACCAGAAGUUAAUUGAAUAUUACAGAUGUGGCGCUCUAUCGUUCAAAUUUGUGAAAACAUUCAACAUGGAUGAAUAUGUUGGUCUACCUCGUGCCCACCCCGAGAGCUACCACUCCUACAUGUGGAACAACUUUUUCAAGUUCAUUGACAUUGAUCCCGCCAAUGCUCAUAUCCUGGAUGGAAACGCAGAGGACUUGGAAGCAGAGUGUCAGGCCUACGAGCAAAAGAUUGCAGAGGCUGGAGGAAUCCACUUGUUUGUUGGAGGUAUUGGACCUGAUGGCCACAUAGCAUUUAAUGAGCCCGGAUCCAGUCUUGUCUCUAGAACCAGAGUGAAGACGCUAGCCAAGGACACCAUUGUGGCAAAUGCUCGGUUCUUUGGAAACGACUUCUCCAAGGUUCCUACCAUGGCUCUGACUGUUGGAGUAGGCACUGUCAUGGAUGCCAAGGAGGUAAUGAUUCUGAUCACUGGCGCACACAAAGCCUUUGCUCUGUAUAAAGCUAUCGAAGAAGGAGUGAACCACAUGUGGACAGUAUCAGCGUUCCAGCAGCAUCCGCACACCAUCUUUGUAUGUGAUGAGGACGCCACGCUAGAGCUACGAGUCAAAACUGUGAAAUACUUUAAAGAUUGAUUGCUAAACUGUCAAUGCAAUGACAGAUCAGCAGCUGACAGAAUACGUUCCCCAAACUGGAGACUGAAUUGCAAUCCAUCAGUACUGCAGAAGCGGAGUGGUUUUGUUUGAAGGAACCAACAGAACCAUAUCCAAAGGAACUGAAGCUUUGAUUUCAAAAAUUAAACAAAGGUAGGUAUCCAGCAAUGGCCUUACCGAGAAGUGUGUGGAAAAAACUGUUUGGCAAUUCUAAUGUCUCAAAAGAACACCGGGAGGCACAAGACAUUUAAAGGCCCAAAGUAUACAGCAAUGUCAGAAUUCAUAGAAACAGGCAAAAUACGAGUUUCCACCUGGAAAAAAAAAUCUAAACUCGGCAAGGAAAGUAAUUUGGAAUUUUCAAUGUGAGACUUCACUGAAGAAAUGCUUGAGCCAAAAACAACAUUAGGUGAGCAGUAUGAAAAGCGAAUGGUGAAAACAUUCCGACUCUAUUGGUCAUGCAAAAGUGUCUCGACUGAUCGUGUUCUUGAUGAACCACGACAACUCUUCUGAGAGUUUGACUGUAUUGGAAGAAAUGGCUUGCCUUGGACAGGGGACUUGUGGGAGUGGUAGGUGGACUCUUGACAGAGAACAAUAUUGGCGAUGAACAAGUUAUCAUUAUUGACACGAACUCUGUCUUCAGACAUACCUUUGCUGAUUAUGCCACUUAUGAUCUUGAUGAGCCCCUUGACGACACCGUCCCCAUGGAGCUCUUAGAAGUGGAAAAUCCACCUCCAGCCCAAGUCUCAUCCACUUAAAUCCACCCCGUGCCUCACUGGGUGACAUUCUUCAGUAAAUGCACCCAUGGAGGCACAAUGAAGAUAACGAUGCCAUGACAUGAAAGACGAAUGGGUUGACCGACCUAAAGUCAUGGUCCUGGGAUACAACAUGGUUCAAUAUUUUCCCAGCAUUGGCCAAGCCCUUUGAUUUGUAUUGUCUCAGCCUUGAACUGAUGGAAAAUGACCUGCUUUGGGCAAUUUUACACAGAAUUCCCUCUGAAGAAAAGGAAGUGGCUGAACAAGCAAUGAAUGAUGAUCUGUCUGUAGCUGGAUCUGAGGCGUGGAUAGAUUUCAUUGACACUCAUGAUGUUAAAUUUCUUGUCAAUAAGGGGAAUGGGAAGAAAACUUUGAGGUGAUAUAAUGAUGAUGUUCAAGAUCCCACGUGUAUUGCAAAUACUGGUCCAGUGUACUAAAGGAACUGAAAUUACCACUUGGAGGACUGGAUGAAGUAUAUGCUGGCCUUACCCUGACACCAAGUUCAUUGUAAUUCAGUCAUUUGUUUUCUCUCAUUAAAUAUAUUGAAUAUUGUUGAACAUAAGGUUUUUGCUGGUGUUUGUCACUUGGUCUGUAUGAAAGAAAAAAAUCAUUGUACUGCAUGGAUUUGACUAAAAUUUUCAGACAAAGUGGGUGCUAUGAUGAGGAACAAGUGAUUAUAUUUUUCUAUUGAUUCAGACAUUUAUGCUUCAAGUGUCAACAUUUUUCUGAAAAUGCCUCAUUCCUCAAAGCAUAUACUCUCGGUGUGAUGUACACAUGACAUCUACUGGCCAAUGAUGAUACUGCGUCAACUGAUCAGGAAAACUAAUAUUUAAUGAGUCCUCUAUAGUGCCAAAAGUAUUAUUUUGUACCGUAUGUGCUUACGGUUGACUUUGGAAGGCUUAAAAUAGCAUGAUAUAGGCCCUUUAAAAACUUUGUUUUAGUGUGGCUUUAUGCGCACACACAGUCAUAGAGCUAUCAAAGCCAACAUUUAGAGAGUGUGAAUUGGAGGUGACAGCCACAUGGGUUGUCUAGUGUGGCGUGGGUGGUGUAUGUGAUGUGGAACUAAUAUCUUAUUUUUGUUGUUGAAAAGGGCAGAUCUUUCAGUGGAUCAGAAGAUCUAUGUGCGAUUCUUCGCGCCAGAGCACCCGAUUACAAGGAGGCCAAUGUCCCAUACGUGUGGCUGUGUUCUGGAGUUGCCCAACAACGAGGUGGCUCCGACACUGAGUAAACUACUAAGUUAAAAAAAAAAAAAAAAAAAAAGUUAAAUGAGCUGAAUUUGUUCUAUUUAAAUAGUUAAAAACCUUUGAUAGACCCAGAUAUUGAUGUCUGACGGACAGUUUGGCAGCUGCCUUGUCCAGAAUGUGUUUAUUGGUCUUCUAUAAUGUAAUAUGCUAUGAUCAGAUUUUUUUCUUUUUUUCUUUAGGCAGAUUAUGCACUUUCAU